AUGCCUCCACCAGUUGGAAUGUCGGAACAAGAUUAUCAAGAGUUGAUAAAAGGCGAUGGAUGUCAACUUUGUGAUGAUGAAAAUGGUUACAGAGUAAAAAUUUAUUGGAAUGCGAGAAUACGGUGUUGUUUUGAUUGUUUGCGGAAAAAUAUCAUAAGUGAGGCCACUCUUCGAGAUACUUGGGAUAUUCCAGAAGAUUUGAUUAAUAUCCUCGUCCCACUUACGCCACAAGACAUCUUCAAGGAUGGAAUACGAUAUUAUUGGGCUCACUCAAUUAGCGAUUAUAUUCAAGAUUAUAUUACACUCGAGAAAAAGGACAAAGAAAAUUGGUUGACGAAUAAAAAACCCGAAUUAGAGAACGCUAUUCAUGACACAAUCGAACGGGAGUAUUGGGAUCAUUGUCGAUUGCUAAAAAAACAAUCAUUGCGUAUUCCUAAAGAGAGUAUUCCUUUUUUUGAGUUUUCUAAUUUCGAGCUGGCAUCUGAUGAAGAUGAACAACAGCAAACAGAGUUUUAUACCCCUUCUUUUGCCGACUUUGUCGCUUUUCUCGAAAUUCUUCGAAUCUUUCGUCGGCAAAUUAGAAUUUAUGUAAAAUCUCGUGAGCUUACCCAAGAAGAAAGUGAUGAAUCAACGAAAACAACAUCAUCCACAUCUUCAUCGUUGUCAUCUUCAUUUCUCCCAAUUUAUUACGCUUAUCAAACCAGAGCAAGGAAACGCCAACUAGAAAGUCAAUUAAGCAUACCGAUAGUAGUCAUAACCGCUGAAGAGCAACAAAAAUGUGAAAAUUUACCAAUAAAGAAAAGAGUAAAGACCGAAAGUGACAAUGAAAAAGAAAAUCGAUUUGAAUCAAUGCGAGCAAGAGGAAGUGGAUAUUCUUUGAGAUCAAGUCCAAAGAAAAAACAAUUUGAUGAUUGA